AUGGACGAGGGACCUCCUCCACCCCCUCCCCCUCACGGCGAGAAGCCACAAACCACCCAGGGCGAAUAUCGCAAGACUUCCGACCUCCCUCCUGGCAACUACGACAUCUUUAUCAUCCCCCCUCACUCCGCCGGCUCCGGAUUCCUCUACCUCCCUUCCCUCCAGCCACAACGCAAUAGCUUCAUCGCGGGGUCCGCCUGCACACUCUUUGUUGUCCUACUUUGGACCCUCCUAUCACCCCUUCUAAAAGCCUGGUACGCUGCCACCGUCGCCAGUGGCAGCGGCAUGGCCAUCGCCGUGCUGGCUAUCGGAGUUGGGGUCGCCGGGUGGGCCGUGGGCGCCUCACAAUCAGAUUCUGGGGGAGGCCGACGACGGGCCAAUUUUGGAUUUAGCACCGGCGGGGGUCCAGGCGCGGGUGGACCCUCCGGCAAUGGCGCCGGAGGUGAGUAUGCGCGGGGACAGCAGUAUGGGGCCCAAAAUCAGGGCCCGAACGGUCACAAUGGUGGACAGGGACAGGGACAGGGACAGCAGCAAUAUGGGGGCAACUUCAACUCGGGUCCGCCUCCGGGUGCAGGCCAGUAUGGCGGGAACCAUCAAUACCAGAACACUGGUGGGCCCGGAAGUGGACCACCCCCGCAACCGCCGCCGCAGGCAGGCGGAUCAAAUAAGACAGGUGGAGCUGAUUGGGAGAAGGCCCGUGAAGAGACCCGGCGCAAGGAGGAGCUGCGCCGCAAGAUGGAGGAGUUUAAGCGAAAGCGGGAAGCCGAGCAGCGCGAGAAGCAGCAGAAGCGCGAGCGCGAGGCCAUGGAGCGGGAGCUGCGGGAGCGCAGAGAGCAGCUCGAGAAGGAGAUGGCUGCCGCCAAGGAGGCGGCCGCCCGUGAGGCCCGAGAACGGGCGGAGCGCGAAGCAGCCGAAGCCAAAGCCAAAGCGGAGCGAGAGGCCGCGGAAGCUCGAGCCAAGGCGGAACGAGAAGCAGCGGAAGCGCGUGCCAAGGCGGAGCGUGAAGCUGCGGAGGCCAAAGCUAAAGCGGAGAAAGAGGCCCGAGAGGCCCGCGAGCGAGAAGCACGUCGGGCAAAAGAAGCCCGAGAACGAGAGGCGCGACGCGCCGCCGAAGCCAAGGCCCGUGCUGAGCGCGAGGCCGCGGAGGCCAAGGCUAAAGCAGAGCGUGAAGCUGCUGAGGCAAAGGCCAAGGCAGAGAAGGAGGAAGAGGAGCGUAAAGCUGCAGCUAAGAAGGAAGCUGAUGCUAAGUUCGCGGCGCUCAAAGAGGCUGCCGCGAAGAAGUAUGCCGAGAAGAAAGCCAAAGAUGCGCAGGAGGCAGCGGCCAAAGAAGCGGCCAGCCAAAAGGCAUCUAGCACGUCCACUCCCCGCACUCCAUCACCCAAGAAACCUGCUUAUUCCCGCACCGAUACCGACAGCUCAUAUUCCAAUUUUCGACCGACUGACCGUCCCCGCCGGCCGUACGGCGGCGCCACCUCUGGGUCAUCAGUGUACUCGGACUCUUCAUACGCGCCGUCACAGACAACAGCACGCACGACCCCACCACCAUCAAAUCGCGGGGCCUAUGAAACCAAAGAUCCUGACAAGAUUGUCAUCAAGGGCGUGUUCGAGUUCAACAACAACUUUGUGCGCAGCCCUGUGGCGCAACUUGUCUCAGGCCAGGGCAUGGUCAGCGACGGAUUGGUUCUGAGGAUCACGACAGAAGGCCUCUUCAUCGACGACGACGUGCGCGGUGUCGGUCAGCGGGAAUGGGAUGUGAAGGCGUGGACGAUGAACCUCGUUGAGGUAUGGUGUCCGAAAUUCGGGGCGCAGCGCCAACCACCGAAGCCCCCGCCGGGGCCAUUCAAUCGGCGCGGGAAUGAACCGACCCCAGAGGAAUCGGAAGCAUUCCUCGGCAACCUGCUCAAGAUGUGCAAGAACACGUGCCGAUUAUCAACAGGCGGAGGAGAGGAUCAGCGCACGCUGCAUGUGUUGCGGGCGUCGGUGCGUGACCACGAGGGCAAACGUAAUAGUGGCGUUAGCCCUAAGCCAACAUCACCGGAAUGUGGCGUCCCCAUCCACAUCCAUCUAUACACUCACCACGUAGAUAAAUAA